CUGCGGGUGAGGCCCUGCUCCACGUCUUCGAUUGUAGACUGAACACUGUGCCGAGGGGCUUGACGUCAACGCGGCGCACGUUAGUUCUCGUCCCUGCUGGUCGGGGUACGAGUAGGGAGCUGGUCUCACCUAACAGAUGUGUCUGGGACACUCCAGCAUAUUUAUUUGAUCGACUACACAUAGAUCCAAAUGAGCAUGAUGGAGCUGGAAGGAUACCGGGUGAACAGAGAGCAGGGGGGGAUGAGGGCUGCUGCCCCGGCUGAGGGAUACGUGAAGGAGUUCACGCGUCACUCUAACGACGUGCUGCUGAACCUGAACGAACUCCGUCACCGCGACAUUCUGACUGACACCACCCUGGUGGUCGGCAACGUACACCUACGGGCACACUGCGCUGUGCUCGUGGCCUGCAGUGGGUUCUUCUACUCGAUGUACUCUCGCCAUGUGCUGCUUCAGGGGCGUGGUGGCAGCGGGGAGCAGCUCAUGACAGUGUCUCUCCCUGAUACCUUGGACCCAUCCAGUAUCUCCCUGCUGCUCGACUUCAUGUACACCUCCCGCCUCCCUCUGACGCCAAGCAUCGUCACCGGGGUGCUCACUGUUGCAACCUACCUGCAGAUGGACCAUGUGGCCGAUACCUGCAGGGAUUUCAUGCAGCUGCACUGCAGGGAGAAUAUGAUUGCAAGACACCCUCAACUGGAGCUGGACUCCAGGGUGUCUGUAGCCUCUGUAGCUCCCAAAGCAGGGGACCUGCCCAAUCCAGGACCCCAGAGAUUACUCCCAACAGCGGUGGCAACAAGGGUCCCUUCAGAGGUUGGAGACUCUCUCAAGCCAGGGGCUUUCCUGACCUGCCAGCUCGGGUCAAAGGAGCUGAAAGAAGAGCCCCUCAUGGGCACCACGACUCCAUCUCCACAAAGCCCCGCCCGCUCCAGCUGCCAUCCAAACUCUCCAGCAGAAUCCAACACCUGCAACAAAAACCUUGUGAGUGAUGUCAAAGCCACGCCGGACCCAAAGGCUUGCAAUUGGAAAAAAUACAAGUACAUUGUUCUCAACCCACUUUGUGCAAACACCGCGGUGAAGGAAGAGGAGAUGGACGAACCACAAAGUAACACAUCACCCAUGGCUGCCAGGAUUGGCUUGACACCCAGAGCACCCACAGAGGCGUGGUCUGGAGAAGUGCCUGGUCAGAUUGAUAGACAGGGGCAGGCCUCCUGCUACGAGGGUUCUGGCCGAGCCCCUCCCCUCGGGCCACCCCCCUCUGUGGAUCGCCCAUCAGUGCCUCCCACUCACAAGGAGGGAACAGUCUCACCCUGCACCAUCUUCCCAAACCUGCGCCCCACUGAUCUAGAACCUGCCCAACAUGCAAUCAAGCAUGAAAACUACUUUGUGCCCUACUGUUAUUCAGGCAACAUUCAAGGAACCAAGAAUGUCUCCUCCGGUGACAAGCCAUACCGCUGUAAUGUGUGCGGCGCCCAGUUCAACCGACCGGCCAACCUGAAGACUCACUCUCGCAUUCACUCAGGAGAGAAGCCAUAUCGCUGUGACACCUGUGGCGCACGAUUUGUUCAGGUUGCCCAUCUGAGGGCCCACGUUCUGAUCCAUACAGGGGAGAAGCCGUACCCCUGCCACACCUGUGGCACCCGCUUUCGCCACCUGCAGACCCUGAAGAGCCAUCUGCGCAUUCACACUGGAGAGAAGCCAUACACUUGUGAGAAGUGUGACCUUCACUUCCGCCACAAGAGUCAACUUCGUCUUCACCUGCGGCAGAAACAUGGGGCCGUUACCAACACCAAGAUCCGCUACAAGGUCCUGACCGAGUCCUACCAGCCUAUUUUGCAGGCCUGCUGAAGACUAGAUAGAUGACCAGCUUGGACAUCAAGUAAAAAGUUAAAAUGGAUCUCAUUUGGAGAAAGAGAUGGACGUUAACAAAAAGCUUUUAGCAUCAACAUGCCGGAUGAGUUUUGCAGCUUGGAGCUAACAUAACACAUUAUUAUUAGUUUGAAUCUCUAAGGUUCAUUAGAAAUCCUGGGUGGCUUUUCUGAGAUGGAGAUGAUGGUAAGAAAAGUGUUUUUGAAGGUUUGUGAAGGGACAGAAGGAAGGGAAUGAGACAUGGAAAGAAAGGUAAAAUGUUUUGGGAUGUGUGUACACUGAAUUUUGAAGGAGUAUGAGUACGUGAAGGAAAGAUAAAGCAAGUUUUAUGAAGGAGAGGUAGUGAAUUUUGGAGUAAAUUAAAUUCUGACUGGAGAAGCACUUAAUCAAUGUUAAGUCACUGAAAUAUUUUUUUUAAAUGUGCAUUUAGCUCAGAUUUAUCUUAACCUUGAGGCCUGGGGCCUGCAUGUUCUUUCAAAGUAUGCAGCGAUAUCUGAUUUUAAAGUCCCAGCAGGCAAAGGACUUAGUUGUCUUGUACUGAGUAUAAAGUAUUAAAAUUAAAUGAUGUUUUGUUUUCUGACAUGAGCAAUUUAAAUUAGAAGACUGUAAGAAAUUGGAUAAUUAUUAAUAAUAUUGCAUUUGUAUGUAUGUUCAUUUGCUGGACAAAGAUGUUUUUGUACAAUUAAAUUAAAUCAUUUUUAUAUCAAUUGGA